AUGGCUGGUCGUGAUCUGACUGACUACCUCAUGAAGAUUUUGGCUGAGCGCGGUUACACCUUCUCCACCACCGCCGAGCGAGAAAUCGUCCGUGACAUCAAGGAGAAGCUCUGCUACGUCGCCCUCGACUUUGAGCAGGAGAUCCAGACUGCCAGCCAGUCCUCCAGCUUGGAGAAGUCCUACGAGCUUCCCGACGGUCAAGUCAUCACCAUUGGCAACGAGCGUUUCCGUGCUCCAGAGGCUCUCUUCCAGCCUUCCGUCUUGGGUCUUGAGAGCGGUGGUAUCCACGUCACCACUUUCAACUCCAUCAUGAAGUGCGAUGUCGACGUCAGGAAAGACCUGUACGGCAACAUUGUCAUGUCUGGUGGUACUACCAUGUACCCUGGUAUCUCCGACCGUAUGCAGAAGGAAAUCACCGCGCUCGCCCCAUCCUCGAUGAAGGUCAAGAUCAUCGCUCCCCCCGAGCGCAAGUACUCCGUCUGGAUCGGUGGUUCCAUUCUGGCCUCGCUCUCCACCUUCCAGCAGAUGUGGAUCUCAAAGCAGGAGUACGACGAGAGCGGUCCUUCCAUCGUCCACCGCAAGUGCUUCUAAGGUACUAGCAAUCACGCGUUCGAACGAUUCAUCGACUGACGUCUUCCUUCUCAGCGUCUUCCUGCGUACAAUUCUCGAGAUCAUGGCAAGCCUAGUAGCGGGAAACAUCGUUGUAUUGGCGCCUUGUCAUCCGGGGUCUCACAUAUGUCGGUUGUCCAUAAAAUAGCGCAGCGGGCCAAUGGUUGGGUGUUUGAGUUAUGGAGGAGCUUGAGCUCAUACAGUGUGCUGUAGUAAGGAUCUUAAGAUUGUAGCUUAAAGCCUAUGGACACUUUCGUAUCCCUAAAAAA